UUAAUUCACUGUGAAAUAAUUCUGGUGUCUGAUUAUUCCUCCCGUGAACACAUUACUACAACAACCCUCACUGACAGAGGAAGACUCGCGUGCCGACGUGCUCCACCAGACGCAGUUCAGACAUGCGGCGACACUUGCACCUCCUGUCCGUGUUGGUGGUGAGUGCCUUUAUCACCAUCACCAUUCUAACCAUCAUCAUCAUCAUCACCAGCAUAAUCAUCAUGUCAUCAUCAGACCUGCUGUCCCUCGCCAGCGUCGGCGGCGCCUCCUUGCCCUCCCUCGUCCCGCCUUCACAUCUCAAGACCAUCCCCGCCAUUCCCAUAAGAUGCACAACUCAUUAAUGACUGUCACUUAACACCAGCUUUUGUGGCGCUUCACAUUAACACCAGCUGUUGUGGCGCCUCACAGGGCGCUCUGGCGACAGUGAGCCUGACGCAGGCGGCAGUUGACUGUUCGGGCGGUGAUGGCUUCAAGUGCGAGAGUUGCUCCACCCUCGCCCUGUGUUCGGGAGGAAGUGUGGCCAGCACCUUCCCAUGCCAGAGUGACCAGAUGUGUGAGGAAGGCGCGUCCGGCCCGGCCACCUGUGCUCUCACCAGCGACUCUUCGAGGACCAAAUGUAAGUGCGGCUCCUUCCCUUCCUACGUGGUGGACUCCUAUGACUCACAGAAUUACCUGCUGUGCUUCUCCUCCACACUGCAAAUCCCUCUCAGCUGCCCCUCAGGCGAAGAGUUUGACACGGCCACCAACCCAUGUAAGGCUGUUCCCACCACCUCCACUGUCACCACCACCGAAGUGACCACCACCACCCAACCCACCGUCACGUGCACAGAGGACGGCCUCUUCCCUCUGCUGCCCAGCUGCUCCGGCUACUACGCCUGCUACACUGUCGGGGGCUCGGUGAUAUCUACUGGCGUCGUGUCCUGCAGCGACCCUACACCAGUUUUCAAUCCCGACACCUCGUCCUGCGUGGCUAGCAUCACCGGUCCUGCAACACCAACCUGUGGCGCCACUGACAUUGUCACGGCGGACACCGUGGAGUGCAACGCGUUCUACGUGUGCAGCAACAGCGCCACUGUGGGGGAGAAGAUCUGCUGCGGCGAGGGCCAGGUGUUCAAUCCCGUCACCAUAAGCUGCGAGACGGACACCGGCAGCGUCACCUGUCCCACCGUCAAUCCCUGCUACGACGGCGAGGUGGUGAAAGCUUGUGAGACAUCCACCAGUACCUCUGCCUCGCCUACCUCCUCCUCCAUCUCUUCCAGUAGCUCUUCCACAUCUUCUGCCAGUAGUACUUCCACAACCAUUAAUACUUCUGAAACAGACAGCAGCACUAGAACCAUCAGUACUUCCGAGACUGAGAGCAGCACUAGCACUGUCAGUACUUCCGAGACUGACAGUAGCACCAGCACUGUCAGUACUUCUGAAACAGACAGCAGCACCAGCACUGUCAGUACUUCUGAAACAGACAGCAGCACCAGCACUGUCAGUACUUCUGAAACAGACAGCAGCACCAGCACUGUCAGUACUUCUGAAACAGACAGCAGCACCAGCACUGUCAGUACUUCUGAAACAGACAGCAGCACCAGCACUGUCAGUACUUCUGAAACAGACAGUAGCACCAGCACUGUCAGUACUUCUGAAACAGACAGUAGCACCAGCACUGUCAGUACUUCUGAAACAGACAGCAGCACCAGCACUGUCAGUACUUCUGAAACAGACGACACCUCCAGCACCAGCACCAGCACCACCUCGUCCACCCCCACGGCAGGGGCUCCUGACUGCACGGUGAACUCAGGAACCUUUCCAUAUCCCGGCGACUGUACGAAAGCUGUUGUCCAGGAGCGCGAUCACAUCAGUACACGAACACAGGCACUCCGCCUCAAGUCGCUUCUCCAGAACCUUGCCACCGAGUGUCAGGAGAAGGAAACACAUGAGUGGAGUGUCAGCGUAUUACUUCUGCUACGAGGGCCAGCUGGCGGAACAAACCUGCGCCGGGAGUCUCAUCUUCAGUCCGGGGGUUGGCUGUACCACCACUUCUAA